UUGUAAUUUUGUUGUUUUCGACAACAUUCUAAGUCGAGUCUUCGUAUUUUCUUUUUAAACCUAUUUAAUUGUUUAUGGUGCAUAAGUAUUAUAAUUAAUCUUUCAACAUGACUGUAAAGAAAAAGGAGUCUGGCACUUCAGUAAAUAAGUCAUCAACACCACCUAAAUCUACAGCACGUAAAGAUUUAGCUUCCAGUACAGAUUCCAGUACAAAUAGUUCUAGUAGUUCAUCAUCAUCAACAUCAGGGUCUGAUUCCACAAGUUCAUCUGAUACUGAAAAUUCAUCUACCACUGAAAAUAAUUCUUCUGAAUCGGAAAAACAUAAGAAAUCGCCAAAGAAAAAAGCAUCCACUUCUUCAGAACCAAAAGUUUCUGAACUUUCUAAAAAACAAUCUUCACCAGAAAAAUUUAAAAAUAAAUCAAAUACUGCACCUAAAUUAACAGCUGCUAUCUAUACUGAUUCAGAUACAGAUGCAGAGACAAAAACCAAAAGAAAAUUUCCACCAGUGAAACCUAAAGCUACUGCAACAGUUGCAGCAGUUUUAAAAUCACAGGAUAAAAACAAAAAAUCUGAUGUUAAACGUAGUCAAGGACCAAGGUCUAAAGCCACUGCUAUCACUGAUGGAGUUAAGAAACCUGACUCAAAGUCAAAAAGUAUUUUCAGUCCAGAUAAGAUAAACAGUAGUGACAGUGAUCCUCCACCUCCAAAACUUACGCCAAUGAAAAGUGCUACUACACAAAAAGCAUUAGUAAAACCCAGACCAAAAGCAAUGGCAAAAUUAAAAAAACAUUCACCAACAACUAAAACAUCCACCUUAACAUCAGCAAGUUCUGAAUCUUCAGAUACAGAUUCAUCAUUAGAAAAGAAGAUUAAAAAAGCAACACAAGAACAACACAAAAAGAAACUUUUAAAUAAAACACCACAGCCUGCCACAAAAGUUACUAGCGCUAACGAGUCUUCAUCUAGUGGUAAGGUUUCUAGAGGACGUGGGCGGCCUAGAAAAUAUCCAGUUCCAGAACCAACUAAGAAUGGUUCAAAUAAUAAUUCCAAUUCUAAAUCUGGUCAAGACCAAAAACUUGUUACAACCAGAGGAUCUACCAGAGUUAGUCGUAUAUUAGCUGCUAGCCAUAGAACUACGACUGCAACAGAUUCUGAUUCAGAUACAGGAAGUAAAUCAACAAGUACAAGUUGCAAAUCACCUACUAAAAAAGCACGUGAAAAAACCCGUAAGCCACUAAAUUGCAAUGAUAAGAGAUUAAAUAGUGGAGGGCUUGUUGAAUUAGAAGAAAGACUUUGUCCAGUUAAUGGUUGUGAUUCAUUAGGUCAUCUGAAUGGCUUAUAUGAGCGUCAUUUUACUUCAGAAGCAUGCCMUAUGUAUCACAGAUUAACUAUUAAACAAUGUCAAGAAAAUUUAUCUGAACGACUUAAGAAAAAUGAAGAGCGUUUAAAGGGCGCAUUAAAAUCCAGUUCAGCUGAACAAAAGAUGUAUCGAGAUAAAGUAAAAGAAAUGAGAAGUAAUAUUGAAGAUAAAAAAAAAAAUGAAUCAAGUAGUGAUACUUCACUAAGUGACCAAUAUGCUGGCAAAGAUUUAGAGCCUGAUAUAUUCAAUUGCUCUAAUAUACCAACCUAUGAUCUUAAGUUAUUUCAAGAAGCACAAGCAGUUGCCAGUGAGAAAAUUGAAGAAGAUUUAAAACAAUUACCAAAUUUUAAAGGCACAAAGUAUUUAGAAAUGGGAAAGUACGAAAUGGAAGUUUGGUAUCAAAGUCCUUACCCAGAAGAAUAUACACAAGUACCAAAAUUGUACUUAUGUGAAUUCUGUUUACACUAUAUUAAGAGUAAAACAGUACUAUUUAGACAUAAACUAAAAUGUGUUUGGAAACAUCCACCUGGUGAUGAAGUUUAUCGGAAAGACCGUAUAUCUGUUUGGGAAGUGGAUGGAAAACGAUUCAAAAUAUUCUGCCAAAAUUUAUGUUUGCUUGCAAAGUUUUUUUUAGACCAUAAAACGCUUUAUUAUGAUGUUGAACCAUUUUUGUUUUACAUAAUGACUACUCAAGAUGAAGAUGGAUGUCACAUUGUUGGUUAUUUCAGUAAGGAAAAGAAUUCGUUUUUGAAUUUCAACGUGAGCUGUAUAUUAACGUUACCCCCGUAUCAAAGGCAAGGAUACGGCAGACUUCUCAUCGAUUUCAGUUACUUGCUGACCAGAGUCGAGGGCAAAGUUGGUUCGCCCGAAAAACCGUUGUCCGAUUUGGGUCUGAUAUCGUACAGGAGCUACUGGAAAGACGUGUUGCUACAGUACCUUUGUGACUUGGGCGGAAAGCAACUUUCCAUUAAAGACAUGAGUCAAGAACUGGCCAUCAACUCCUAUGAUAUAGUCAGCACGCUCCAAGCCCUCGGUAUGAUGAAAUAUUGGAAGGGAAAGCACAUCAUACUCAAGAAACAGGAAGUGAUUGACGAGUAUUUAGAAAGGUCAAAACGUCGAGGAUCGGACUACAAAGAGAUCGACGCGAAAUGUCUGCGAUGGCGGCCACGUUCAGCAGCCCCCGCCCCAGCCGGGCCCACAUGAAAUAUACCCGUUCGCA